ACAUCCGUAACUGAUCUUGGAGUGCAUUAUUCGCACAACCUUAACUUCUCCGAACAUAUCUCCAAUAAAGUUUCUCGAAUGAGAAGAAUGCUUGGUUUCAUCUUUCGUAACUUCCUUCAUAGAGAAUCCAGAACAAUUCUCUAUAAAACAUGCGUAAGACCUAUUGCUGAAUACUGCUCUUUCUUAUUUUCUAACGUACGCCUGUCUGAUAUGUUGAAGCUUGAAGGAAUACAAAGGAAAUUUACUCGUAAAGUCCUAAAUCAUAGCUCACCCAUUGACUAUCCAACCCGAUGUAUUGAACUCGGGCUCGAUCCAUUAUGGAAAAGAAGGCUUAAGUCCAAUCUGAUCCUUUACUUUAAACUCCUGCACAAGCUCACAUAUUCCUCCUGCAGUUUAGUCCUUAUCCAUGGCCCUUGUACACAUAACCUUCGAGAUAAAGUAUCUACGGUCAAACUUGAGAAGUAUAGAUCCAAAACUCGAGAAAACUUCUUCCUCUCUAAGUAUGCACUUAUAUGGAAUAGGCUUCCCUCUAAAAUACGCAUGGCAAGUGGGUUACAUGAGUUUGUUCAACUUCUUAAUGAUGCUCUCAGUUGCACUGACUCUUCUGCGCUCGUGAACUCACUCGCACCCUGCUUUCAUAUUAAUAGCUCUGCAUACACUUUAAACACACUGAACUCAGUGCUGCGUCUUAUUUAGUUAUUUUUACACUCCCAAGUUGCACUAAUUUUUCUAGUUGAAUAUAAAUCUCUUUAGUUUUUAUUUGAAAUAGACAGGUUACUCUACUAACUGGGUCGUUCGACACUGUUCAACUGUAAACUGGUUGAUUAGAAUGCACUCUACUCUCCUGGGCGCAACCUUAUCAACACUUACAACUGUAACCCCAUUCACGGUGGGUAAUCCUUGGCAACUCUAGGGAACAUGCACCCAAUGUACACGACUGUCUGGAUCACAGCUCGUAUCAAGCGCGUUCCAUAUGACCUUUCCCAACAAAUUCACUAUUGAUCUCGGCCAAUCGCCAAUAGAACCUAUUGUGCACCUUCCUCAUUUGUACUCUAAUAUUGAAAAUGUGGCUGUAUAAUACUGUUUCUGUCAGUGAUAUGGUGUAAAUAUGCAAUCAGAAACUGUCUCUUAUACUUAAUUUAACUGCU